AUGCCGUCCAUCGCCCCCGAUAUUCGCGCCGCCGGCCUCGCCGCGAGAGACAUGUUUGACGCGCUCAAAUUCGGCGAGGACGUAGCUGAUAUCUCGCUUUCCUCGCGUUACGAACACCUGCGAAGUGAACUUGUGCGCCUCGCAGACCAUGUGCUCAGGGCGUCACAAAGGCACUACAUGUGGGACGUGGACUCUGAGGCUUAUUACGACGUCACAAGAACGCAGAAUGGCGCCAAGGCGACUAAAGAACAAGACUUUCGUGAGCAAUUUCGGCCUAUCGACGUGGCGGAAACCAUCCGCGAAGGAUGUGCCCUCAUGGACAAGAAGCGCCGUGUGCAGGCCCUCUACCUUCCGGGGGUAAUCGAGCCCAAAAGACAGGCAAUGAAGGAGCCUAUAGUCCCAUCAAAAGAUCUCGCUACGCUAGGGCGUGACCCAACCAGGACGCAACACUUACUGCAAGCCUGGGUGGUCGAGAUGGAGGAUAGCGCAAUAAUUCUCUCCUGCGCACUGGCCAUUGUACAUCCGGAGCAGUUCGAGCUCAGCCUUCGAUGUCUGGAAAAGUUAUGCGAAGAAGAUGAGUUCGCCAGCAUUGCAGAACAGUGGGCUUUUGCCUUCUCUGCGGUGUCGGUCAUCAGCAAUCGGGAGACGCCGGAACAUCGCGAUAAGAGUAGCGGAGGCUACGGCAUGUUCGACUUGCUCCUGAGCAUCGGCGGGUGCCCGCGAACGGCUUUAGAGCUCCCCGGUCUUGGGGUCCGUUUUGCGUACGAGUCGGGCACAAUCGUCCUCUUCUCCGGUCACGUUCACUUGCACACCGUGUCCCCAUCGGAGAAGGAAAGGAUGUGCAUAGCCUGCUACGCUCGCAAAGCAGUCCAUCACAAGUUCGGCCUGAAUCUGCCUAGUAGUGUGACUAUUCAGGAGCUUUUAUCUGAUGAUUUUACGUACGUUCCAUAG